UUAAGUUUGUCCCAAACGCCAGACCGUACAUUGGUGUCCUUGAACUGACAGCCAGCAUGGCGAGUAGCAAUGUUGCCGUGGACGGUGACUUGAUGAGAUAUGCCGAAUACAGUUCCAAAUCAAGUGUUCGGAGCGAAACAGACAUUGAUAAACGAUUCGGAGGUACAUUGAUAGCUGUCGGGCUUGGUGUUGCUGCUGCUGGUUUUGCAGGGCGCUAUGCGUUCCAGCUGUGGAAGCCUUUGGGGCAGGUCCUGUCAGAGACGGUGAAGAAGAUGCCUUCAUCAGCUUUCUCUGCGUAUUACAAGGGCGGCUUUGAGCAGAAGAUGAGCAAACGGGAAGCCAGCCUCGUCCUGGGGAUCAGCCCAACCAGCAGCAAGAGCAAGGUGCGAGAGGCGCACCGGAGGAUCAUGGUCUUAAAUCAUCCAGAUAAAGGUGGCUCACCGUAUUUAGCGGCGAAGAUCAAUGAAGCGAAAGACCUGCUGGACUCCAGCUCACGCCGCUGACACCCCCCCUCCCACUCAGCCCCCCUCCUGCCAGGAUGUCUCUUUCUAUGCUCCCUGUGUGAUGAGAUGCGUCCAUCCACUGAAACCCUGUCUGUUCUCACCCCGAUUCCAUCCACUGAAACCCUGUCUGUUCUCACCCCGUUCCAUCCACUGAAACCCUGCCUGUUCUCACCCCGAUUUCAGUCCAUCCACUGAAACCCUGUCUGUUCUCACCCCGGUUCCAUCCACUGCAACCCUGUCUGUUCUCACCCCGAUUCCAUCCACUGCAACCCUGUCUGUUCUCACCUCGAUUCCAUCCACUGAAACCCUGUCUGUUCUCACCCCGAUCCCAUCCACUGAAACCCUGUCUGUUCUCACCCCAAUUCCAUCCACUGAAACCCUGUCUGUUCUCACCUCGUUCCAUCCACUGAAACCCUGUCUGUUCUCACCCCGAUUUCUGUCACAUUGACACUGAGAGCAUGCCAAAGCACCCUGCACUGACUGCACACUGCCACCAGGGGGAGACCUGUCAUCACUACAAAGGAAUUUUGUUGUAAAGUGGACACUCUUUAUGUAAAUGCAUUUCACUGUAAUGUGUGUAUUAAUGCAUAUGCAUGUGUGUGUGUCACUGAACAGCAGCUGUAACAGUGCAGUUAUUUUCACAGGAGGAGAGAGAGGCUGGAGGCAGCCCAGUUUGUUUGUGCCGUGUGCUUCAUAGUUAUUUAUAUUUGGUCAGUGAUUAAAGCCUGUUGCAAAAUUGGACUUUA